GGGAUGUCUGCUAAAGGAUAUCUAAUAAGCCAAAACAAUUGGAAAUGUCUUUCAAUGAGAUAUACGAACGUUAUCGGGAUGGAAGAAUAUUUGUUGGAAACCUACCCAAAUCAAUCAAAAGUAAAAGAUUAGAUAAAAUGUUUCGAAAAUUUGGAGAAAUUGAAUUUAUUGAUGUCCAUGACGGGGGCGAAAGAGGGCCUGCAUUUGCUUUUAUAUGUUUUGAAGAUCCGCAGGAUGCUGAAGAUGCUAUUCAUGCCCGAGAUGGCUAUGAUUAUAAAGGAUACAAACUGAGAGUAGAAUUUCCAAGAACGCCACGAGAUUAUGUACCUCGAAGAGACCCUACUAUUGAUCCAAAUCGGGAUAGAUCUAGAUCAGGUUCAAGAUCACCAAAAUCACGACGGUGGUGUACUGGAGCUGGGCCUCCUAUGCGUCGACCUGAUCAGCGGGUUAUAGUUUCAGACUUACCUCCUGGGACGACAUGGUAUGACUUGAAAGAUCACAUGCAGGAGGCAGGAGAGGUAUGUUUUGCUACUGUUUACGAGGACGGAAAUGCUGGAUUUGUUGAAUACUUUCGCUUAGAAGAUAUGAAAGAAGCAGUAAGGAAAAUGGACGACACGAGGUUUAUGUCCAGAGAGGGGACCAUAUCAUAUAUCAGAGUCAGAGAGGAUGAAAAAUGGAAGAAAGACGAUGAACAUAAAGAUGACUAG